UUGAUGUGGCAAUAAUGCAAGGGCAUCAACAGUUUUGCAAUUUGUGAAUGGAUUGUGAAGGAAAUAAAUUUUUCAUAAUAUGAAGAGAAAAUUUCGACAUAGCCAAAUUAAAAGGUGGACACAAGAUGAAAUCAGUAAAAUAGUGGACUAUAUGACAGAAUAUAAAAAUGUUGAGAAACCAACAGCACGAGUUUACUAUGAAGAAUUCUUGAAGAUAUCACCCAUUGAUGCGAGUUGGGAUUUGAUUAAGUGGAAGGUGCGCCAUUUAAAAACAUUAUACGCAAAGGCUGAAAAAUGGAAAAACACUAAAGAUGCUAAGUCUUUGGACGCGCAACGAUUUGCAGCUAAGCUACAAAGAAUGUGCCCACACUUUUAUCGGCUACAGAAGAUAUUUGAUGAGAAUCGAGCGGAAGUUGUGGAGAUUUUAGACUCAAAUAGUUCAUUUGAUGAUUGUUACGGUUAUAAUGAUGAAUUCGAGGAAACUUUUGACAAUCAAUGCGAAUUUAAGUUAUUCGAAAACAACAACAAUGAAGCGGCCAACGUACAUUGUGAACAAAUUGUAGAUGAUACCAAAACGAAUGCAGAUCUGUCGCACGCCGAAGAAGCAGAAAAAUGUGAAACAAUGCAAAUUUCUACACAUUUUACAUCAGUGCCUGUAAAUGUUUUAAAUGAACAAACGAAUGAGGAUAUAGAAUUUGUAGAAACUGCGCCGCCUAUAGUAGAUACAAUAGAUCUUCGUUCGAUUGCCAAGAAAAUCAAAAAAGAAAAAAUUAGAAAAUCACUCGCCGCGCUAACUCAAAGUCAGGUGGAUAAAAAUGAAAUGCAAAAGUUGCGAUUUAAAUUCGAAGAGUAUAAAUUUGCACAAGAAUUUGAAUUUAUAAAAUAUAAAUUCGAAGCGGAGGUGGAACUUAAAAAGCAAGAACUUGAAUUGAGAGAAAGGGAAAUGGAAAGUAAUCAAAGAUUGAGAAUUUUAGAAAUUGAAAGUAAUCAAAACUUGAAGACUAUGGAAAUGGAGAAAAAUGAGCGGGUGGCGAAAUAUGAAUUAAAUCUUAAAUAUAAUGCAUUACAUAAAAAUACAUGUAAUAAGAAUAGUGAUUAACGCUCGCAUAUAUGUAUAUAUGCACAUACAUAUAUAUUUAACUAGUAUAAGAUAAUAAUAUUUUUUUUACUUAUAUGACAUAUUAAAAUUUUAAACAAUUAACGAGUUGAACUAAAUUAAUUGCUUUGAAAAACUUUAAUUUUUAUUUAUGAAUUUCGUUUCAAUCGAUAUAUUAAAUUAUUUUAAUACAAUAAAUAUGUGUAAGAAGAUAUUAAUUAUAGUCGCUUAAAUAAAAGACUUAAAAGAGUA